AUGUCGGUGAUAAUUUCAUCAAAAUAUGAAAAUCAACCGCCCUUCACAACUGAAUUUAUAGAAUCACUAAUUAAUGAUAAUAAGCAAUUGGAACCAAAAGAAUUAGUUACAUUAAUUGGUGAAAAAUUGGAAUUAAAAUCAUCAAAACAUAAAUUUAUCAUUCAAUAUACUUUAAUUGAAAAAGAUGAUGAUAUAAACUUGUCAAUUAAUUCAGAUUUUGUUUCAAUUUGGGAUGAUUCAAAAGAUGGUUGUAUAACAUUACAAAUUAAUUUAUUGAUCAUCACUAUAUAUUGGUUAUCAAUUUAA